GUGUUCCGACUUGUUCCGACUUACCGCGAGUAAUGCGUGGGUCCAUGUGUAUUGUUGACAACGUUUCAGUUCGUGAUUUACUUUCGAAGUGUUCCUUCAAGAGGAUAAGGUUAAGUUAGAAGUUUAACAUAUAAAUAAAAUAACUCGAAUUAUUUUAUGAUAAAAAAUAAUGACAAACCAAAGACCAAUUUCAUGUGGACUAGAUCUUUGUUCUGUACCUGAUCUAAGUAAUUGCUUAUUUGCUGCAACUUCAUCUAGAUUUGAAUUUAUAUGUAUACCACUUGUACAUCCAUUGUUUAAAAGAGAAUUUAUUUCCGGUGUUGUCAAAAAUCGACCAGGCCCACUUACAAGACCUGAUUUAGUGUUAUGUACUUCUGAUUGGAAUAAUUUAAUUAUUGGGAAAAUAUCAUCGCAUAUAAAAGUCGAUGCUAAAGAUUUUAAUUAUAGAAAAAAUAGCGAAGAAACUUUAAAUCAAGAAUUAUCAUUAGCUAGUCAUUUAGGAUUGGCAGGAAUCACGCUUAAAUUAAUAGGAGGCAUAGAAAAGAAUAUAAAUCUUGCCAGAAUUAUUAAUGAUAAGUUAUCAGCUACUUGUAAUUUUCAAAUAUGGGUACAAAUACCAAUGGAAAAUCCAUUAAAACAAGCACUUUCAUACAGAGAGGAGGAAAAUAUUAUGGUUGAAAAUACUUGGGAAUGGUGGAAUGGUUUUAGAACAGUUUGUGAUUACGAUAAGAAAUUAGCAAUUGCUUUGAUUGUAAGUCAUGAUCUUCCUGAAUCAGAAGAGAUUGAUAGGUGGUUAGGAGAACCUGUAAGAUGUUUGAUACUGCCAACAACUUUAUUUAUAACUAAUAAAAAGGGAUAUCCUGUGCUAAGUAAAGCACAUCAAAUAUUGAUAAAGAAAUUUGCUAUGUUGGAAGUACAAUUUAUAUUGACAGGAGCAAACCGAUAUAGUAGCAUUACACUUUAUCAUAAUUACUUGGACUAUUUAUGGAAGAAUUGUCAAAUAGAUGGGCCUGUUGAACGAUUUGCUCGCGGUUACGAAGAUUAUUUGCAAUGUCCCCUACAACCUUUGAUGGAUAAUCUUGAAUCACAGACAUAUGAAAUAUUUGAAAAGGAUCCUAUAAAGUAUACUCAGUAUCAAGCUGCUAUAGUUCAAGCAAUAAUAAAUAUAAAUUUGAAAAGGGAAACUAAACUUGAUAAAUUGAUAAUCAUGGUUGUGGGAGCUGGAAGAGGACCACUUGUGCGUGCUGCAUUAAAUGCUGCCAAGUUGACAAAUCAAGAAAUUAAAGUAUAUGCAGUUGAGAAAAAUCCAAAUGCUGUCAAUACCCUGCAAGCUCUUCAAGGAGAUAUGUGGGGAGACAAAGUAAGCGUAGUAUCAUGUGACAUGAGAGACUGGUGUGCUCCAGAACAAGCAGAUAUUCUUAUAUCUGAAUUACUUGGAUCUUUUGGAGAUAAUGAACUUUCUCCUGAAUGUUUGGAUGGUGUUCAACGAUUUUUGAAAGAUGAUGGAAUCAGUAUUCCAUGUUCAUACACUUCGUAUAUUGGUCCUGUACAAUCAUCUAAAUUAUAUAAUGAAGUACGACAAUGUAAAGAUAAGGACAAACAUCCUCUUGUAAAUUUCGAGACACCAUAUGUAGUUCACUUGCAAAAUAAGUAUGACAUAGCAAAGCCACAACCUUUAUUUACGUUUAAACAUCCAAAUAAAGAUGAAAUUAUUGAUAAUAACAGAUAUGAGGUAAAGACUUUUGAUGUUGAACAAGAUUCCAUACUUCAUGGAUUUUCUGGUUAUUUCAAAGCAAUCUUAUAUGAUAACAUUACAUUAAGUAUAGAACCUAGUACACACAGUCCUGAAAUGUUUAGCUGGUUUCCUAUUUUCUUUCCUAUAAAGGAAUCUAUUCAGUUGAAAAAGGGGAACAAAAUAGUAUUGCAUUUUUGGCGCCGAUGCAAUGCCAAAAAUGUUUGGUACGAGUGGUGUAUCAGUGAACCAAUUAUAGGAUCAAUUCAUAAUCCAAAUGGACGAUCUUAUACUAUUGGUUUAUAACACACAUACGCACAUAAACGCAUACGUGUAUAUGUAUUUAAUAAUGCGCUUUACUUUUCUCUAGUAUUAUCAAAAUUAAAAAUAAAUAUACUUAUUUUAA